AUGAGCGUUCAGACCGUCGAAUUCAAGCCCUUCCAGGACCAGAAGCCCGGCACCUCGGGUCUUCGCAAGAAGGUCACCGUCUUCCAGCAAGCUCACUACAGCGAGGCAUUCGUCGCCAGCAUCCUUCUCUCUAUCCCAGAGGGCGUUGAGGGGUCCUUCCUCGUUAUCGGUGGUGAUGGCCGCUACUGGAACCCCGAGGUCUGCCAGCUGAUCGCAAAGAUUGGUGCCGCCUAUGGCGUCAAGAAACUUCUCAUCGGCCAGAACGGCAUCCUGUCCACGCCUGCUGCCAGCCACAUCAUUCGCAAGCGUCAGGCUACGGGCGGUAUUCUGCUGACAGCCAGCCACAACCCUGGCGGCCCCAAGAACGAUUUCGGCAUCAAGUACAACCUUGCCAACGGUGGUCCCGCUCCCGAAUCCGUCACCAACAAGAUCUACGAAACCUCGAAGACCCUGACCUCCUAUAAGAUCGCCGACGUUCCUGAUGUUGACCUCUCCACCAUCGGUACCCAGACCAUCGGCAACCUCGAAGUCGAAAUCAUCGACAGCACCGCCGACUAUACCCAGAUGCUCAAGGAGAUCUUCGAUUUUGACCUCAUCAAGAAGUUCUUCUCCACCCACCCCGACUUCAAGGUCCUCUUUGACGGUCUUCACGGUGUCACCGGCCCCUACGGCAUCGACAUCUUCCAGAAGGAGCUCGGCCUUGAGGGCGCCACGCAAAACUGCAUUCCUUCUCCUGACUUCAACGGUGGCCACCCUGAUCCCAACCUGACCUACGCCCACUCGCUCGUCGAGGUCGUCGACAAGCACAACAUCCCCUUCGGCGCCGCCUCUGAUGGUGAUGGUGAUCGCAACAUGAUCUACGGCGCCAACGCCUUUGUCUCCCCUGGCGAUUCUCUUGCUAUCAUUGCGCACCACGCCCACCUCAUUCCUUACUUCAAGAAGAACGGCGUUUUCGGUCUCGCUCGCUCCAUGCCCACUUCUGGCGCCGUUGACCUCGUGGCAAAGAAGCAAGGCCUCAACUGCUACGAGGUGCCCACCGGCUGGAAGUUCUUCUGCGCCCUGUUUGACUCGGACAAGCUGUCAAUCUGCGGCGAGGAGAGCUUUGGUACGGGCAGCAACCACAUUCGCGAGAAGGAUGGCCUGUGGGCCGUGGUGGCCUGGCUGAACGUCAUCGCUGGUAUCGGUGUUCAGAACCCCGGUGUCACCCCCUCCAUCAAGCAGAUCCAGAAGGACUUCUGGACUGAAUACGGCCGUACCUUCUUCACCCGGUACGACUACGAGGAUGUCGACUCGGACGGCGCUGCCAAGGUCGUUGGCACCCUCAAGGAACUCGUCGACAAGCCCGACUUUAUCGGCAGCAAGAUUGGCGACCGUGAGGUCACCGAGGCCGGCAACUUCUCCUACACUGACCUUGAUGGCUCUGUGUCUUCUGGACAGGGUCUCUACGCCAAGUUCUCGUCUGGCAGCCGCAUCGUCGUGCGCCUGUCCGGUACCGGCUCGUCUGGCGCCACCAUUCGCCUGUACAUCGAGCAGUACAGUAACGAUCUCAGCACCUACGACCAGGAUGCCCAGGACUUCCUGAAGCCUGAGAUUAAGUUUGCCACCGAGCUGCUCAAGUUCAAAGAGUACGUUGGCCGUGACGAGCCUGAUGUCAAGACCUAA